AUGCCAUUUGACUUAGAAGAGGAUGAAAAAUGGCUAAUGACGGAAGAGAAGCUUCUUGAGCAACAAAACCAAAUGCCGUCCAUCCCUACAGAAUCUCGUAUUGAUGCUCAUUUAGCAUACAAAGCCAUCACUAGACAUGAGCCAAAAGGUUUACUGAAAAGCCAAUUAACGCCGGUUAUGUCGUUGCCACCAAAUUUCAGACCACUAUUUCCUUACACUCACUUCAACCGUUUCCAAUCCGAGUGUAUUGACGAAGUUUACAGAGCUGACGGAAAUUUGGUGGUAUCAGCUCCUACCGGAUCUGGUAAGACGGUGUUGUUAGAACUGGCAAUUCUGCGCACACUACAUCAGGAAGGCUGCCAUAAAGCUAUAUACAUUGCUCCCACAAAAGCGCUUAGCUCACAAAGAGCCAAUGACUGGAUAAGAAAGUUCUCUAAUCUAAACUUAACAUGUCAAGAGCUUACUGGUGAUACUGAAUACGUAUCCUUUGAAUACAUUAAAAAAUGUGAUAUCAUUGUGACCACACCAGAAAAAUGGGAUUCAAUGACAAGGAGGUGGACAGAGCAUAGGAAACUUAUGAGUCAAAUGACACUGUGCAUGAUUGACGAAGUUCAUCUUGUUGGACAAACUCGUGGUGCUACCCUAGAAGCCUGCAUCAGCCGAAUGAAAAUGGCAGUUUCGAACCAAAGAAUUAUAGCUUUAUCUGCUACUGUACCAAAUAUCCAAGAUGUAGCUCGUUGGUUGAAUGCAAAGCCUUUAUGUUUCGGUGAAGAGUAUAGACCUGUAAAGCUCUCUCGUCAUGUCUACGGUAUACAUGAUAGUGGUGGAAAUCCAUUCAUGUUUGAGAAAAAGCUGGAGUGGAAAUUGGUUGAUAUGAUCCAAAAGCACAGUGGCGGAAAGCCGGCACUUAUUUUCUGUUCAACAAGGAAAUCAACGCAGUCAUCCUGCGAUGUUAUCAUUAAAGUCAUGAAGCAAAGGAAUAUACCAUUUUUCGGAAAUGUUUUAAAGCCUGUUCCAAAGACAAAGGACAAAAAGUUGUUCGAAUACCUACCAUAUGGUAUCGCAUUUCAUCACGCUGGUCUAGAUGCUGGAGAUCGCCAAGUUGUUGAAAGGCUCUUUCUUGCCGGCCAUCUAAACAUUAUAGCUACCACGUCGACUUUAUCUGUGGGCGUCAAUUUACCAGCUCAUCUUGUCAUCAUUAAAUCCACAAGAGGUUACACCGAAGGAAAAUUUCAGGAGUAUUCUGAUCUCGAAAUCUUUCAAAUGAUUGGUCGUGCAGGACGUCCUGGAUUUGAUGACUCUGGUUGUGCUGUGAUCCUCACCACCACAUCGCAACAAAGAAAGUAUGAGACAAUGUUAUCCGGGCAAGGAGUACUGGAAAGCACCCUCCAUCAGAACAUGAUUGAACACUUAAAUGCUGAGAUAUGCUUAGGAACCAUUUGUGAUACUCCUUCCGGAAUCUUAUGGUUGCGAUCCACGUUUCUGUACGUUCGCGUUCAAAGGAAUUCCUUUUACUACAAGCUUGGAGAAGAUGCUGCCAAUGUUGUCAACGUCGAAAGAAUUCUCGAGAACAUCUGCCUCAAACAUCUGUCGGCAUUGGCAUCCUCAAAUAUAAUACAGAUGAAACCAAAUGAAGACCAAAUUAGCUCUACAAAAUAUGGCGAGGCUAUGGCUCGCUAUUACAUCAAGUAUGAUACAAUGAAGAUAAUCCUUUCAUCGCAACCACAAUUGCAGCUCGCAUCCAUGUUUGAGUUGUUGACAUCUGCAAGAGAGUUUGAUGAUAUAAGAUUUGCAACUGGCGAGAAAUCAGUUUUAAACUCUCUGAACAAGCACCCCAAUAUUAGAUAUCCUAUCAAAGGAAAAGUAAGCACAAUCUCAGACAAAAUUUACCUCUUGAUGCAAGCAAUUCUAGGCGGUAUUCCUCUUAAUGAUAGUAAACUUGCCGCGGUACACAGUCGGGAGACUUUCAGAAUCCAUCACCAAGCUUUACGAGUGCUUCGAUCACGGUGUAUCACUGCCAAAACCUGGAAUGAUUCAAGUCAUCUAUUACAGCAACUCGAAGGUAUCGGACCUCAGUAUGCAAAGAUAUUGGCGGACUCAGGUAUUAAGACCUUUGGAGAUUUGAAAUCUUGUGAUCCACGACGACUAGAAAUGUUACUACACCGGAAUCCACCAUUUGGUAGCCAGUUAUUGGAAGCAUCAAACAAGGUACCACAAUUCAAACUAUCAGCAAAGCCAUCGUUGCAAGGUGGCCAGUGCAAAACUAUAGAGGCAUACAUAGAAAUCGUACACCAAAGCUCCAAGAGACCUGCCUAUAGCAAUAACUCUUUUGCAGCCUUCUGGGCAACCACCAACCUGGGUGAACUGCUUGAUUACAGAAGAAUUCAAUUGCGGAAACUGGAAAAACUUGUGACGAUACCAAUCGACCUUCCUGAAGGCUGGCAUGCGACAACCAUCAAAUGCUGCGUGGAUAACGAGGAGUAUGACCUCAAUCAACAGAAGCAACCAGAUAAGCCAGGAACUUUGGGGCAAUCUACAACAAAUUAUCCAUUAGAUGAUGAGUUUGAUUUAGAUUCACCCUACUGGGAUAAUAUUCCUGAUGAGCUCUGGGAGAGUCUUAAUGUUGAAGCGAGUGUUUCCAACACACAGUCAAACAAAUCAAAUCCAAAGCGUUUAUCGCAAUUCCAUGAUGGUGCAAGGGAAACAUGUCAACACAAAUGUAAAGAUCGCCAACUCUGUGCUCAUGAGUGUUGCAAAAUUGGCAAACGACGCAAAGGAAAAUCCGCAAUCUCCAAGGCUGGAAAAAGUUCCAUAGACAUGAAUAACCCCCUGAGCACAGCAUCCGAUCGGCCACCAGGCACUUUCGAAAGCAAUCAGCUUCAUUUACCGCAGAGGUAUAACAAACCAUCACAAUCUAUCACCCAAAAGCUGAGCUGUGAGCUAUUAAAGGGUCUUCCAAAUCACGGUAGCAGUCAGAAUGAGAACGAAGCAGACCUGGUAAAAUCCAAAGAAUCGCCGACCCAGCAAGGUGUUGUAUCGACCUCUUUUUCAACACCGAAACAGGCACAAGAAAGGUGCGGUCCUUUCAGUGCUUGCGAUCUGACAUUGAUGCCUAGUUCUGUUCGCUGCCAAUCUACAAAUAGCUCGAAUGUCGUUGAGCAUAGUGCAUACUCUUUCGAAAAUCCCGACAUCAGCUUAAUGGAGUUUGAUGAUGGUUCAACUGUGCCAGAACAGACAGCUACGGUUCUUCAAACAAAGGUUUCCUCAACUGACUUAGAUGGUGCUCAUCAUGUUUUGAAACAAUCAAAUGAAAAGAUAGAAUCUAACGAAUUCAUGGCUUUCCAGAAGUGGCUAGAAGAGUGCGUUGACGUUAUUGCUGAUUGA